AUGUUAUGGAUUCUUGAUCUUGGUCUAUUUGGGUUCAUGUUUAAAACUAGGUUUUGAUCUUCUUGGAAUUAAUUAUUGUUUUGAAUCUGUUGUUUUUUUUGUCUCAUACUAUUGACCCCCUUUUCCUCAUUCUUUUCCAGCCUUUAAUAAUUUUUUCCCCCUUCAUCUCUCUUCGUUUUUGUUUUAAAUAUUCAUCAUGUCUACUUUGCAUUUUGUCUUGUUUUGAAUCCAAUAAUUGUGAGAAUCUAAAAUGUGUCUUUUGGGUUUGUAUUAAUUUCCAAGAGAGUCUGGUGUUACAUUACUGCUGAUUUUCACAUAUACAGGAUGAAAUCGAAGCUCCCAUGUGGAUAGAUCUCGAUCUAGAAGCCACGUCUGGAUACAAAGACAAUGAUGAUAACUGGUUCAAAAUAAGCCAUUUGUCCCAUCAAAGUUCUUCCCGACAGUUAAUUUCUGCAUUUUCUCGUGUUGGUGAGGGGAAUACAAACAAAACAUCUUCUCCAAAGCUUCCACGAUCUGUCUCAAAAAACAACAGAAUCAAGGAUUGGGGACAGAGCAAUUGCUGUGGCGUUGCAUCAAAUAAGCAUCACCCAAUCAAGAAUUUAAUCAGUAAAUCUUCACGGUUGAAUUCCAGUGAGAAAAUAAAACCCAAACCAAGCAAUGGAAAUCGAAAAGGAAAUGCUAGAUCAAAAGUAAAGCCCUUCAAUCUUUGCACAGAGCAAAGGGGAAGAUUCAAGGAGGAAGAAUUCGUCAAGAAAUUACAACAAAUGACGAUGGAGGAGGAAAAGCAACGGAUACCAAUCGCACAAGGUCUCCCAUUGACAACAGAUGAGCCAGAGUGCUUAGUAAAACCUGCCGUCAAAGAAAUCACAAGACCGGUUGAUUUGGUGUUGCAUAGCGAUGUGAGGGCUGUGAAGCGUGCUGAGUUUGACCAACAGCUGGCUGAGAAGAUGAGCCUUAUUGAACAGUACAGGGAGAAAAGGGAAAGACAACAAAAGUUAGCAGAAGAAGAGGAAAUCAGGAGACUAAGAAAGGAGCUCAUUCCAAGAGCUCAACUCAUGCCCUAUUUCGACAGGACUUUCAUCCCUAGAAGGACGAUGAAGCAUUGCACUAUACCCAGAGAGCCAAAGUUCCAUAUACCACCACAACACAAGAAGAUCAAGUGUGGCAUGUGUUAAGAUGAUAUGUUCACACACCAACAAUGAAAUGCAGAGAAGGAAG